AUGGCCCAUCAGGGCACCUUCGGCUCCGACACCGAGGAGGAACAUCUCGCGGGAACUGAGCGCAUCAUCAAGUCAGAGGGACACGAGGCCACGCUCAUCCCGCACCCAACAAACUCUCCCAAUGAUCCUUUGAACUGGUCUCCAUGGCGGAAGUACUGGCAUGCGUUCCUAGUUCUCUUUAUCGUGGGACUCACGGCUGCCACCAGCAACUCGGCCGGCAGUGCUUCUGAUGCCCUGCUCGCCAAGGGCAUCAGUUAUAAUAUUGAAAAUAUUGGCGCCGGUGUCCUGUUUGCUGGCAUCGGCUACACGACCUUCUUCCUAUCUCCGCUGCCCGCCUUGUAUGGCCGUCGCAGCACCUACCUCAUUUGUCUCCUAUCCUCCAUUGCUGGGAGUGUCUGGUUCGCCAAUACAAAGCGUAGCACUGAUGCUAUUUGGAGCCAGCUCUUCGUCGGGGCGUCUGAGUCGUGUGCCGAGGCUGCGGCGCAGUUGUCGCUCUCUGAGCUGUUCUAUAGCCACCAACGUGGCUCGGUUUUGGGCCUCUACAUCUUGGCAACCAGUGUGGGAACCUUUCUAGGCCCAUUAUUUGCCGGCUUCAUUACCGACAAUGAUCGCUUCGGCUGGACUUGGAUCGGCUGGUUUGCUGCCAUAAUCAGCGUUGGCACUCUGAUCGUCUUCUUAUUUGGUUUCGAGGAGACAACCUUCGAUCGCAGAGCCAUCCUUGAAGGUGUUCGGCUGAAUGCCAACCCUGCAACGCCCAAGACAAAAGAGUCCUGGUCCAGAAACAGCAGCGAACUGCAAGCGGCCGAAACAGCAACCAUCGUCCAGGACGAGCCCAAAACAUACUGGCAGCGCAUUGCGAUCAUAACACCAUCGCAUCUGCUCGUGGGUAGCGGCUUCAAAAAUUACUUCUCGAUACUCUUUCAGACGUUGCGUGUCUUCGGCUUCCCUGCUGUCCUUUAUGCUGGGCUGCAAUGGGGGGCCCAAGAUGCGUGGUUGACCUUUUAUCUGACCGUGCAAGAAGAUAACUACUACGACGACCCGUGGGACUAUGGUGAUGCGUCUGUGGCCCUGAUGAACAUUCCUACUCUCAUUGGCGCCAUAAUUGGCUGCUUCUAUGGUGGCUGGUUUUCAGACAAGUUCGUCGAAUGGAAGGCGCGGCGGCGCGGUGGUAUAAGCGAAGCUGAAGACCGCUUGUGGCUCAUGUAUCCGGCCGCCAUUAUUAACCCUGCUGGCUUGAUUCUCUUUGGUGUGGGCUCUGGUGACGGCUGGCUUUUCCCCAAGCUAUGGGGCGCUUAUGUCGGGCUUGGCUUCAUUGGAUUUGGCUGGGGAUGUGCAGGAGAUAUCGGGAUGAGUUAUCUUGCCGACUGUUAUCCGGAUAUGAUCUUGGAGGGAAUGGUAGGUGUGGCUGUGAUUAAUAACAGCAUCGCCCUGCUCUUCACCUUCUGCACUGGUAUCUGGAUGGACACACAGACUCUCUCUCAAGUCUUCAUUGCCAUUGGUGUCUUAUCUUUUGUCUUCUUUAUGACAACUGCCCCUAUGCAGUACUGGGGCAAGACUGCUCGGCGCAAGACUGCAGCCAGGUACACCAAGUUUGUUGAGAACCGCGAUUGUCACUGA